AUGAGGGAGUGCGUGGAGCACUCAAAGUGGCGGAGUAUCGCUACCACCGCCAGUGGUAUUAUUAGCGGUCGUCACAGGCGUCGAUCCUUGCGUCGACAAACAGCAUUGUGCAUAUUCCUGAUUUGCUCUAUUGUUGCGAUAACUGCAGUGCUACUGGUUUCGCACGCCUUUGAUGGGAACGAUAAUGAACAUGCUGUAAAUGGAAUGCGGGACACUGCCGCACAUGAAGUGGGUGAGCGUAGGCGAGGGGGAGCCGCCGCCCUCACACCGCCAGUAAGGAGACGCCCCACGGGCGACACACAAGGGACUGGGCAACCGUCGUGUCCUGGGUUCCGCGAAGAAAGUUCCCCUGCGGCGUAUUUCUGUGCGAAUGGAGCGGCUAACCGCGCCCCCCUUUUUUCACUUCGCGAACAGCCACUUCUAGCGCCAGGUGAAGUGGGAGGUAAGGCGCUUGCUGUGGGAAACGCGCCGCCUGUGUGCUACUCGUCCAGAGGCGACCCUGUUGCCAGUCCAGUGUGGGCACGUGGCCUGCUACAUUCAUUGACAACAGGUGGCGCGUACGAGGCGGCCCUCUCGCUGCUGCGCCAGGACCCGUGGUACAUGCUCAUUGGAUGGGUGCCAGGUAAGUUUCUGCCACCACAGAAGCCAGGUAGGAAGGCGAAUGGCGACAUAAUGUUUCCACAGACUCGAGGGUCGAAUGCGUCCUACUACCUCGAGACAUACAGGAGCGUUUGGCAUACGGAGUUCGAAGUAAAGAACAUGCGCUUUCAUUUUCAGUUAGUUCAUCGCAACGCGAUUGCGGUGUGUGUGCGUGAGCGUAUUCACCUUCACAAGUACUAUUGCCUUCCUGAUGCUGGAGUAAGUCCGAUCCCUAUUCACGUCUGUGCAUGUCGCCACUGCGUUGUACCCACGGAGACAACUGAUUUGAGUCAAUUGGUUUCUAUGCAGAAGAGGUUUCCUGAUAUAAAAGAACCUGCGUUGAUUGAGAAGGCUACAACUGUUCACUUCCUUCCGUCCUCGAUCAACGCGGCAACAGUUGCGUCAUCACCCUCUGAGAGAGAGAAUUGCAUUGGUGCGCUUGAAGCUCCUUGGCUAAUUAACACAUCUGUGGUUGCUGCCUUUCCGUAUGAGGAAAAAUACAACGAUCUGGAUAGUAUGCUGGCCUCUCAGGCAGAUGCAAACGGUAUAGUCACAAUGGUGGUAUUUAAUAGCUUCUGGCGCGAUCAUCUGCAUAACUUCGUCUACAGCUUCACAAGGAAAGCAAAAAUGCUCAAUCUGAUUGUUGCCACUCUUGAUGACAAGGCAUUGUUGUUGUGUUUGUCGUUUCGUUUGCCGUGUCUAAAUGCGAGCAAGUUUGCUGAACAAGAGGACACAGUUGCCUCUCAGAGGCAGGGCUUUACUCGCAAAGUCACCGAGGAAUUAUCUUGGGUGAAACCCCGUUUAGCGAUUGCGGUGCUUCGGCGUGGAUACGCCUUUGUGCUCGCGGAUCUUGACAUGACGUGGAAUCUCUCCCCGAUGCGGCGACUUCUGGAAGGUCGCUUCGAUAUCGUGCACCAGUGUGACUCAAAGUCUGCCCUCAGCAUUAACUCUGGAUUUUACAUGGCACGUCCCAACCAACGUACACUAAGGUACUUUAUCGAUAUGAUGUCUUUUCGCACGGACGAGAGUGCAGAUCAAAACGCCAUGCGGCUAUUCAUGAAAUAUGACCACGUUCACGGUGUCUCACAUCAGUGUCUGCCUCCGUGGGAGUUUAACAUGAAGUGCAACUACAAGGUGGAGCGUUCAGUUGCGGUGGUGAAUGGACAUGAAACAUUUCGGUGGAAGCGCUACCCGUUGAACGAGGCUCCAAAAUGGAUAAUGAUGCAUGCCACCUGUCUCUCUGGUGCUCGAGACAAGAUCCGCUACUUCAAAACCAUAAAAGCAUGGUUUCUUGAGGAGCUUGAUGAAAUGACGGGGUCGCCGUCGUCACCAAAACCGUUUUGUGUUAUUCUGCCUGCAGCUGUAAAGAAUAGUGCGGGUGGCGGAGGCGAUGUCGUGUACAAUGUGUUUGGGACGACCCCUCACAGUGAUCUAUACGAUGAAAUGGCACCAGACUCUACUUACCUGCAGGACAGACAUUAG